AUGCCAAUUGCCGCCCUGCCACCUUCCACAGCCCAGGCAAUCGGCUCGCCUUCCAUCCUCCCAGAUCCCUGCGCCGUCGUCAAAGAACUCAUCGACAACGGCCUAGAUGCAGGCGCAACAUCCAUCUCGGUAGAAAUCUCCCCAAACACCCUUGAUAUCAUCCAAGUCAAAGACAAUGGCCACGGUAUAGCUCCGGAAGACUUUGAGAAUUUAUGUAAGCGAGCAUAUACGAGUAAAAUCCAGACGCUGGAUGAUUUGAGAAAUGUCGGGGGUCAGUCCUUGGGUUUUCGUGGAGUGGCGCUUGCAAGUGCCGCGGAUAUGGCUAAUACGCUUAUUGUGACGACGAGAACGAAGAAUGAUAUUGUGGCUUCGGUGCUGAAGUAUGAUGCGGAGGGUCGGCUAGUCAGCACGGAGAAAGCGUCUCACACUGUCGGAACCAGCGUCUGCCUGACAGGAUUCUUAAAGAAGAUUCCUGUCAGACGACAGACUGCUGUAAAGUCUGCAUCCAAGACCAUUUCCAAGAUAAAAAGGUUACUCCAUGCUUAUGCGAUGGCGAGACCGGGCACGCGGCUGUCGUUGAAAGUCCUAAAUAGUAAGAACGGGAAAGAUAACUGGACUUAUGCACCGUCCUCGACAGCAAGCAUUGUCGAUGCUUCUCUCAAGGUGGUUGGCGUGGAGACUACUGGGCAGUGCGUAUGCCGGACCUGGCCUAAGAAUGUCGAGGAGUCCAAUAUGCCGGUAAAGCUACUUGCUUAUCUCCCAAAAGCAGAUGCCGACUUUCCAAAGGUUGGCAACUCAAACCAGUACAUUUCUGUAGAUGGCCGCCCGUUAUCCUCUGACAGAGGCACAGCAAAGGAGAUCGUCAAUCUAUAUAGGUCUUACAUUCGCUCAGCGGCGAAAGCAAAUGGGACGUUGACAGUGAAUGAUCCAUUUCUGAAUUUGCAUAUUUCAUGUCCGCCGGGUGCUUACGACGUGAAUGUAGAACCUGCAAAGGACGACGUCUUGUUUGCAGAGCGAGAGGAGCUGAUCCAAACCGUUGAAGAGCUGUUUAAAGCAACUUAUGGAGAGCUGCAGAAAGAUUCUGAAAAUACUGAAAAACAAUCUACUUCUGUUAAUGGGUUUAGUGUUCUGUUACGACAACCGGCUGUACAAGAGCCAGUCUCUCCGCCGGCAACUAACCAGUUUCCUAGGAUUGCAAGCAUGUCAAGAACUACUAAAGAUCUAACCAGGGCGCCUCAAAAAGACUUGCAGUCCGUGGAAGACGAUGAUCCAUCACAGUCAGAGUCACAUGAAACAGCUUCGAACGAUAAUGGCCUCAACCCGUGGUCUAUAGCAAAAACGCAGUUUUUUCAUCGGUCGCCCAAGGAAAACAAAGAAAGUCAAUUCGUCACACCGACAAGGCCAAGUACUAUGCCUAUAGGCGGACAAAAUACAGCAGCCACCCAAUCAAGCCCUUCUGACAUUUCGAGCCCACAUUCUCCGUCCUCGCCGGAAGAUGGCCAUGUCCCGCCUCGAAGAUCCACGACGUUAUCUGCAAGAGGGAGCCGAAGUUCCAAUAGCUAUACCAAAGCUUCAAGGGAGCGUGACAGGGAGCGUUAUGGAAAUGGAUCACUCGAUACAUGGUUUAUAAAAAAUAGCGGCUCGACUUUGUCAAACAGUCCAUCUAGGCAGACAUUAGAUGAUGAAUUCGAAACUGAAAGCGUCAUGCUCGAUGAUCUUGACGAUGGCAUUAUUGACGAGCCUUCACAAAUAGCCAAUACGCCUUUCAAAAUACCUCUUUUAAGCAAGCCGCAAGACAAACGCCAGCGACAACUGUUACUGUCACCCGAUACCGAGCCCUCCACUGUUCAAUCGGCGCAGAAAAGACAAGAAUUCCCAGUCAUGGAAGAAUGGUCAGCGCGACUUCACCAAGAUUUUCCUGCCGAUCAAAGCGCAUUCAGUAGUCAAGACACGGAAAGAGCAUUGGACUUCGAACGGAGGAAGAAAGAAGCCAAUAUUUCUCAUCGAAAGCAGCUACGACAGCAGUAUCUGGCCAGUCCAGCGAGCAGUCAGCCUGCAUCAAAAUCUCCGCACAAAAAUCGAUACCUAGCAGCCAGAGCGACAUUAUCGAAAUAUAGUCAACAAAGUCAAUCGAGUGCGCCUCCGGAAGGACAAUCAACCCCGAGUGACGAACCGACGAUGAAGGACAACGAUCCUCGGUCAUAUCUGAUGCGACAUCAAUCCGAAUUACAUGAUAGUGCAAAUGAUGCGACUAACAAGUCGAAACGUAUCCCCACAAACCGCCUACCACUGGAGAACAUUCCAAAGGAAUUUGAUGUUCACAAUCUCGGUGUGAAGCUCGACAUUUCUUUACUACAUCUGAUUAAACAACUCGAGUAUUUGGCGGAAGUCGACCAGUAUGUUUUUUGCCGAGACGAGGAUAUGGAAUACAACCCAUUCGAUCCUGUGAACGAACCCGAUCUUCCUGUAAUAUGUAAGAUUUGGGAAAACUCUAUUGCUCAACUCGUCAAAGAGAAGUAUCGUCUCAAGGAGAUUGACCUUUACGAUGGUGCCGGUGGAUCUGAUGAAGUAAUUGUCAAGAGGAUUGAUAUCUACGAUAAAAUCAAAUCAAAGUCAUCAACCUGA